UUUCUCUAUCACCAAACAGCCGCUUAAAUGCACCGUGUUUUGACUAACCAGAGAGGCAGCGGUUGUGACGGUGCCAUUCCCCAGUUAUAGCAUCGCAGGUGGCGUUCCGUUCUCACAACGCCGCCGCAGCCUCCUCCGCCAUUUCGAUGGAUUCACUUCUGAUUAAGUUUACUGGUACGAGUAAAGUUUACUACUUUCAGAAUAGAUUAGUUUUGGGAUGGGGUAUACUGUUGAGGAGGUAUGCUUCCAGUGAACCAGCAAUGGAGGUUUCAGAUACAACAAAAAGAAUAUGUAAAAUUAUGAUGUCCUCCCCUCCGGUGGUGCUUGAUACUGUUCUAAACCAAAGUGGGAUUAAGGUUUCACCUGAAAUAGUGGAGAAUGUUUUAAGGAGAUUUGAAAAUGCUGGGAUGGUGGCUUAUAGAUUCUUCGAAUGGGCUGAGAAGCAGCGGAAUUAUGUGCACAGUGUUAAAGCUUACCACACCAUGAUUGAAUCUUUGGCCAGGAUUAGGCAGUAUCAGAUCAUGUGGGAUCUUGUGAAUGCAAUGAGGAAUAAGACGAUGCUAAAUGUUGAGACAUUCUGCAUUAUUAUGAGGAAGUAUGCUAGGGCUCAGAAGGUGGAGGAGGCAGUUUACACUUUUAAUGUAAUGGAGAAGUAUGAUGUCCCACUGAACUUAGCAGCAUUCAAUGGCCUGUUAAGUGCCUUGUGUAAGUCUAAUAAUGUGAGGAAGGCACAAGAGAUCUUUGAUAGAAUGAAAGAUCAAUUUGUCCCUGACUCUAAAACUUUUAGUAUUCUUCUUCAAGGAUGGGGGAAGGCUCCAAAUCUGCCAAGGGCAAGGGAGAUCUUUAGAGAAAUGGUUGACAUGGGUUGUAACCCUGAUAUUGUGACCUAUGGUAUCAUGGUUGACAUUCUCUGCAAGGCAGGGAGAGUUGAUGAAGCCAUUGGAAUUGUUAGGGAAAUGGAUUCUAAUGGUUGCAGGCCUACAUCUUUCAUCUAUAGUGUUCUGGUUCAUACUUAUGGGAUUGAAAACAGGAUUGAAGAUGCUGUUGACACCUUCUUAGAGAUGGAACGCAAUGGAAUUAUGGCUGAUGUUGCCAUAUAUAAUGCCCUGAUUGGUGCUUUCUGUAAAGUGAAUAAGUUCAAGAAUGUAUAUAGGGUUUUAAAUGAGAUGGAUGUAAAGGGGGUGGCACCUAAUGCAAGGACCUGCAAUAUCAUUCUUAGCAGCUUGAUAGGUCGUGGGGAGACUGAAGAAGCUUUUAAAACAUUUCGCAGGAUGAUCAAGUUAUGUGAACCAGAUGCAGACACGUACACAAUGAUGAUAAAGAUGUUCUGUCAGAGGAAUGAGUUAGACAUGGCAUUUAAAGUGUGGAAGUACAUGAGUUUGAAGCAGUUUAUUCCAACCAUGCAUAUCUUUUCAGUUCUUAUAAAUGGACUGUGUGAGAAGGGCAAUGUUACUAAGGCUUGUGUCUUAUUGGAAGAGAUGUUAGAAAAGGGGAUUCGGCCUCCAAGUUCCACAUUUUCAAGAUUAAGACAAUUGCUUAUAAAGGAAGGCAGGGAGGAUGUUCUCAAAUUUCUUCACGAGAAAAUGAACCUUCUGAUCAAGGAGCCUUUAUGUGAUUGAGGACUCUUGAGUUAAAUGGCUGUUUAAAAGAUGCAUCCCAGGUUUAGGGGGGGAGAUACAGAGAGUUAAUGUCUGAUUACUGCAAGUUUCACUCUUUGCAGGUAUCCGUGUUGUAUAAUUUCCCAGCUAAAUAGUGGAAACUUAUUUGUCACGACACAUGCCUAAGAAAAUUGUCUCAGGAACUUUGACACUCAGUCAAAGAAAGCAUUCAACAAGCUUUUGGGUCAAUAUGAUGUAGCUCACGCAGAAUUUUAUAGAUCACUCCUUGGCUUCAGCUAGGGAUAGAAAUUGAGGAAAUUGCUCCUGGUUUUAAGCAAAAAGAGAAUUACAAGUAAUUUAUAGAUAUCUUGCUAUGUUGAAUCAAGGUUUCACGCUCACUGGACGGCAGACUAUGAACUCCUUUUGUAGGCAACUGGAAACUCAAUUUUUUUUCCCCCUUUGUUACUUGGAUUGUGUCAGCAUGUUGCUCACAGCUAAGACAUGGUAAGAGCUAGUUGUUUUGGGCAUUUGAGAGUUGAAACAUCUCUUACCGAAAGAUAAGAUAUCAGAAGAUACUCAUGCAUGCUUUAUUGGUUAAUUUGAGUUCAAUGACUGCAAGGUCAGAGAGAUUUCUGGAAUUAUGACCUCUCUCGAAUCUAAGUUGAAGGUUGAAGCCUGGUUAUAUAACUUAUACGAGCUCAUGAGUCAUGGAUGACUAGAUGUCAACAAGAGAAUCUUAAGUCAGCCAUCCAAUAAUCCAGUUCAUUCAGUUCGGAAAUUUAAUUUGCUUGCUUUAUUGUUUCAUUCUUCUAAAUGAACAAAAGUUAGCAAU